AUGUGGAUCAUAUCAUUUUGGAUGUUCCCACUGAUUUCAGCAUGCAUGUGGGUUGCAAUGCUGAUUGCCAUGCUGGUCAGCUGGGUCUACGAUGGCAGACCUCAUUACGGAGGCAUGGACAAAGUCCAGACCAUCGCGUACAUCUCCAACGUCGGCGCAGAGCGUCUCCAACCGCUCUUCAUUGGCGGUAGUGUCGUGACAGUGGUAUUCUUGGAUCUGGCAUUCCUCUCAGAGAGAUGGCUUCGACACUCGAAACAGCUUGCGGCCAAUAAGGGCAAGCUUGACAAAGCGUGCGCGGUCCUUUCGAUCUUCUUCGCGAUCGCCGGCGCGGCAGGAUUGAUCCUCCUUUCGAUCUUCGAUACCAAACACCACCCUAAGCUGCAUGAUGGGUUCUUGGGUCUGUUCUUGGCUGGAUAUAUCGUCAGCGCGAUCCUGAUUUGCGGCGAGUACCUUCGCAUUGGAAUCUUCUAUCGUCGCGAACAUCGUGUUCUGCUGGCCAGUUUCUUCAUCAAACUUGCUUUCAUUAUUAUCGAGGUUGGCCUGGCCAUUGGCUUCGGAAUCUGCAUGAACGGCAGCGGCAGUCGCCAGAACACCGGUGCUAUUCUGGAAUGGACGAUUGCGUUCGUCUUCACGGGCUAUGUCCUGUCUUUCGUCGUGGAUCUGCUGCCUUCUGUUCGCACCCGUCACCAUGUUCCUCAAGGCGAGAAGUUCGCCAUGGGCCACACUGGCCCUGAAGAGGCUGUCUCUAUCGAGGAGCCAUUGACCCACGACUCAGCUGGACCCAACACCGGCUUCUACCGCGGUCAGCGCGUUUAA